CGGUACCGCCGCCGGUAGCGCUGUGAUCUCCACCGGCAGCGCCGGGGCUGGGCACGAUCUAAUCAACAGUGAAAAAAACUCAGUCAUCACUGUGAGAUCCCUUAGAACUGGAGCUUUGGGAACUAAACUGAUCUCUUUUCUGCUGUUGAUGAAAAAGGCUAUGGCAAAGCGGUUAAAAGCUAAACCCAUCUCAGACAAGCCGGGGAGCCCCUACCGCUCUGUCACUCACCUGGAUUCACUAGCAAACAUAAACAUCCCCGGAGCAGACACACUGGACAAGCUCUUUGACCAUGCUUUAGCAAAGUUUGGGAAGAAGGACUGUCUUGGAACCAGGGAAAUUCUGAGUGAAGAAAAUGAAAUGCAGCCAAAUGGAAAAGUAUUCAAAAAGUUAAUUUUAGGAACUUACAGAUGGUUAUCCUAUGAAGACGUAAACGAGAAAAUUACUUUCUUGGGGAAUGGACUGACUGCCCUGGGACUAACCCCAAAAAGUACCAUUGUCAUAUUUUGUGAGACCCGCGCUGAGUGGAUGAUUGUAGCUCUCACCUGCUUCAAGUACAACUUCCCUCUUGUCACUCUCUAUGCCACCCUGGGUGAAGAGGCAGUGACCUAUGGUCUCAAUGAGUGUGGAGCGUCAUAUCUGGUCACAAGUGUGGAACUCCUUGAGAGCAAACUUAAGACAGCACUGCCACAAAUCUCCUGUCUGAAACAUAUCAUUUAUGUGGACAAGAAGACAGUCAAUAAAUCAGAAUACCCUGAAAACAUGGAGAUUCAUAGUAUGCAGGCAGUAGAAGAGCUGGGAGCCAAACCAGAAAACUCAAACAUUCUGCCCAGCAGACCUGUUCCUACAGACUUGGCUUUAGUAAUGUACACCAGUGGCUCUACUGGGAGACCUAAAGGAGUGAUGAUGAUGCAUAAAAACUUAAUAGCUGGAAUGACAGGACAGUGUGAGAGAAUCCCUGGACUGGGACCUAAGGACACUUACAUUGGUUAUUUGCCUCUGGCCCACGUGUUAGAACUGACAGCAGAAGUUUCCUGCAUCACUUACGGCUGCAGGAUUGGUUACUCCUCUCCUCUCACUCUCUCAGAUCAGUCAAGUAAAAUUAAGAAGGGAAGCAAAGGAGACUGUACUGUACUUAAGCCUACACUGAUGGCAGCUGUGCCUGAAAUAAUGGACAGAAUUUAUAAAAAUGUCAUGAGUAAAGUACAAGAGAUGAACUAUAUUCAGAGAACUCUGUUCAAGAUAGGCUAUGACUACAAAUUGGAACAGAUCAAGAGAGGAUAUGAUGCACCUCUCUGUAACAUACUACUGUUUAAAAAAGUAAAGGCCUUGCUAGGAGGGAAUGUCCGUAUGAUGCUUUCUGGAGGAGCACCACUUUCACCUCAGACACAAAGAUUCAUGAACAUCUGUUUCUGCUGUCCUGUUGGUCAAGGCUAUGGACUGACAGAAACGUGUGGAGCUGGAACCAUUACAGAAGUUGCUGAUUACAGCACUGGCAGAGUUGGAGCUCCUCUCAUUUGUUGUGAAAUAAAACUGAGAGACUGGCAAGAAGGGGGCUAUACCAAUAAAGACAAGCCUAAUCCUAGAGGAGAAAUUAUAAUUGGUGGACCAAACGUCUCCAUGGGAUAUUUUAAAAAUGAAGAGAAGACAACAGAAGAGUUUUCUGUUGAUGAGAAUGGCCAGAGAUGGUUCUGUACAGGAGAUAUUGGGGAAUUUCAUCCAGAUGGGUGUCUGCAAAUCAUAGAUCGUAAAAAGGACUUGGUAAAGCUACAAGCAGGAGAAUAUGUAUCUCUGGGCAAAGUAGAGGCAGCACUGAAGAACUGCCCAUUGAUUGACAAUAUCUGUGCUUAUGCCAAAAGUGACCAGUCCUAUGUGAUCAGUUUUGUGGUCCCUAACCAGAAGAAGCUGACAGCACUGGCUGAGCAGAAAGGCAUCAGUGGAAGCUGGGUGGACAUUUGUAACAAUCCUACAAUGGAAGCAGAAAUACUGCGAGAGAUUAAAGAAGUGGCAAACAAGAUGAAAUUAGAAAGAUUUGAAAUACCCAUCAAGGUCCGGUUAAGCCCUGAACCAUGGACCCCUGAGACUGGGUUGGUAACAGAUGCUUUCAAGCUGAAAAGGAAAGAACUGAAAAACCAUUACCUCAAUGACAUUGAAAGAAUGUAUGGAGGCAAAUAAACAGCUCUGCUGACCAGGCAGCUGUUGCAGCUGGUUCCUUCUCAUGCCUCAGUUUUGGAUGUCUGUGUAUACUGUAGAUAACACACAUUGAAAAAAUACACCAGAUGGAUGACUGUUUCUAUAAUCUCUAUCAAGUGAAACAGAGAAUAUCUUAGACUCCAAAUUCUUAAUUAUUAGCAGACACUGAUGGUCUUCAUAGAGUUUCAUGGGAUCAUCUCCAGUUUUGAGACAGACAUCAUUAUGUGAAGCAGUGUGACCAGGUAAUUUCAUUGUUUCUCUAGCAUAUUCAGACUGCUUACAACUUCUCUUUGACUUGUGCUGAAGUCUGACCUGUAUUUCACAGAAAAAAAAAUAAUGUAAUUGUGAUGAUUCUUCUGUCAUAAUAAAACACUUUUAAUAAGAUACUUCCCUCUAGCAAGGAGGGAAAAGGAGUAUCUAAUGUCUACCUUUCUCCAUUUAAAAACAAAACCAAGACAACAACAGUAGUCAAGAACUUGCUAGAGAUCACUAAUAAUGUACUGCUUGAGAAUGAAUUCUUCUCCAUAUCAGUAUCUUGAAUAUGUACAGUGCCUACAAAAGAAUAGAAAGUACACUUACUGAAAUAAAGGUGAACUGAAAAGCUUUCUAAAAACAAGUUAUAAGAAAUUUCACUCAAGAGCAUUGAAUUAACUAUUUCAACUUCCAACUCACCAAAUAGGUUUUUAAUUGUCAUUGCAUUUUAAUUCAAGAAGAGCUUUCCACUGGACACAGAGUGUAAAAGAGAACAAAGACUUGCACUGCUCUGGGUUGCUGGUGAGAAAUCAGUGCCUGAAUGCAGAACUUGAAUCUGGACUGGCAAACAGCUGUGAAACUGAUGGGCAGUGAUCUCUAAACAGACUUGAAACUCAAAGAGUUUUGGUGGGUUUUUUUGAGAGGUAGCUGAUGUUUUUAAGGCACUGAUUCUCUAGACCUUCACAUACACAUGAGUAUUGGUACAGGUUACUUGGACGUAACUUUGAGGAUCAGGUUUUAAGUAUCUGCAUUCCUUUAUGGAAGGUAUUUCUGUUCACCUUUUAACUAUGGUAAGCAUGACAAGGGAACCAGAAACCAACAAGAGUUUCCCUGUCUAGUCUUGUUUUACUUACAGAAAAGUAGUCUAUUGCCAGGGAAUCUUUGUUUCCUGGAAACUUGUAAAUAAGGACAAAUCACUCUUUACAGAAGUUCAUUAUAAAAAUGUUCUCUUAUUAACUGGAAGUCAUAGCUGUGAAGAAGGAGGAAGAUAUAAUUUAAUAAUAGUUCAUCAUUUUGUGUGCCGAAUCCUGUACUAUGUCUUCUUUUUAAUUGUAGCUGAGCUCCUGCAUCCCUGCCAGCUCUUCACACUUGAGCCAUAAGUGCUGUAAAAAGUGGAGGCUCUUGAUACGGUUCUACUUUGCACUUCCUUAAUUGUUUUAUAUAUGUUGCUUACAUUUUGUACAGCUGUAGCCCUCAAUUGCUCUAUAUUGCAAAUUCAUUUGAAAGUAUUUAUAUAUUUCAAUUAAUAAUAUUUGUGUCGUGUAUAUGAUGAUUAAAAAACAUUAUUUGGUAUUAUCACUGUACAGAAAGUAAAAGAUUGUGUACAUUGCUUCUCUUGAACACAUGAGCUAGCAAUUUCAGGACAAGUUUUUCCUUUUCUGCAUGUAUAUGCAUUUGUAUUUUCCAAAAUAGACUUUGGUAAAAAUAAAUGAUGGCUCUACACUCUUCAAGUAAACCAUCCCUUCUCCUGAGGACCAACUUCACCAUGUAUAAUUUUCUCUGGCUAGUCCAGAACAAUGCCAGCUCACCUUCCAAGAACCCUGAGGGGAAAGAGAGAAAGAAAAUCAGGUAUAUAAAGGCAACAGUAUCCAGUCAUGCAUGGAACUACAAGAGUCACUAAAAGAAACAAGGAAAUAGGUUUUCUAAUUUAUUUUUUUUUUAAGAUACACAGUUGUUUUUUGACAACAGGAAAUACUUCCUGUAUCAGUAGCAACUUUUAAAAUUACUUGGUCCUGGAGCCAUGUUACCAGUUUUUCCAUGUUUUAAAACUGGUCUCUUUUAAAUAGCCUUUAGUCUGCCUAUUAGCAUCACAAAAGUGAAAUAGAUGUAAGAAAGAUACUUACGCUCAAGUCUGUCAGCAGGUUAUAAGACUAUUUUUUUUAAUCCAUGAAUGUAUUUAUAUGAGAUGUAUUUUAUCUUCUGUGUCUUGAUUGACCGAGGAUUACUAUUUUCAAAAUAUAUGUACACACAUAUACAAUGUUAACAUUUCAAAAGUGGAAUGCAGCUUAAAUGGUUCAACAAGUUUGUGUUUUGGAAGAUCUUCAUGUUGCACAAGCUCUCUCAUUCCUGUUCUGUGCCUCACAUUCUGUCUGAAAUUGAGCCUACCUUACAAAGACUGCUCAAAAGCAGCAGCAAUGAGUCCAUACUUCAGUUAAUAAAAACCAAACCUCCAGUGGGCGUGGUUUUUUUUUUGUAAGGAAUGAACUAGAGGUGGAUGUACUGAAAGGACAAUUUGCUACAUCACCAGCUUUUCAAGCACCUUUGGAGAAGGGGAAAGAUUACACCAGACUGCCUUCAAAUACAGGAAUUGUUUUCAAAUACUUUGCAGUUGGGCAAGAACUUUAUCCUUCAUUUUAAUGAAUUCUAAAUUCUUUUUGUGACUGAGCUUGUGGAGGAGAAACAGAAUGAGCAAGAGUGUUUAAUUCUUGCCAUUAAAAAGAAGGAACUAGCAUGCAGAUGAAGAGAUAGUAAAUCACUUCAAAAUCAUUAUGCAAUAGUUACAGAUGUUAUAAAUGCUGUUUAUCUUAUGUGCUGGGCUGAAAGGACAUACACCAUGGGACUGAAAUGUGAGGGAGAGGUUCAUGAACUGCUGAUGGUUCUGGAAUGCUGAAAGUUCUUCAGAAAGCAGGUUUAAGAAUUUUAAAUCAUCCUUGUAAGACUGAGGAAACAAAUUCAAAGAGAAACAAAAUCCAGUUUGGGCAUAUCCGGUCUAAGAUUAUAUGUAAGCCCCCCACCUCAAAAGCCACAGUCUGUCUAGAGAAAGCCAGUGUAACUACCACAACAGGGGACUAGAAAGCUUCAGCUCUGAAGGAAGAUUAAAGUGGUUUAGCUGGCCUGAGGAGGAAUGGCACAUGCCAUGAGGUCAUUAACCUGCAACUCCAUGCACAGUUACUGUGACAAAGGCACAAAGAGCUGGCCUCAGAGAAGGAGGAAGAAUAGGGUGUAAGUCAGCAUGAAGCAAAAUGGAUGAUUUGGUAUUUUAAAAGAAACAUGGGAUUUUAAAACAAUUCCUUACUAAAUACUGAACUAGUUGCCCAGGAUCUUUGCCACUGAAAGUCUUCAGAGCCUUAGGGUCAAUGACAGUUCAACAAAGCCUUUGGGGAAUAGCCUUGGCACAGACCCGUGUGUGGGGCUGGGAGGGACUGGUCCUGCACAUGACACAACAGGAAUGCUGCCUGUAACAAGCAGAUGUCAUUAAGUGGCUUGAAAGGGGGAAAAGUCUAAACUGGGAGAGGAAGGAGUUACUCUGGAGCAGGUGAGGUGGUGUUUAACCACCCCAUGCAAUCGCAGUGCCCUUGACAACACUCAGAGCAUAAACCUGCAGGCCCCGCAGUGCCUGCCAGCUCCCCCAGCACAAACUGCAAUUCCCAGCACACUAACAGGCUAUAAAAGAAACAGAACACCAGUUCAGAAUGUGGUCACUCAUUUUCAGUAGCAAAACCAAAAAAAAACCCAAAAAACAAAGCCAAACUAAACAAAAACCUGUAUCUACCACAUCUCAGAACACUAGCUUCAAAUAACUGUUGUAUUCUAACAGUAAAUUAAUGUUGUUCUGCAAUUACAUGCAAACAAAGAAAUAAAUUCUCAUUAUGUAUUUGG